AAGAAACGCUGCUAUGACAGAAAAUAAAGGCCAGUAAAUCCUGUAAUUUUCUAGCUCCAACAGGCUCAUAAACAAAAAGAUAUACACCAUUAAAUCACUCAAUUUCCACAUUUUUGCUGUUUAUUUUUGCUGCUGACUUGCCUGUAUACUAUUUAUAUCCACUGUGACCUACUGAUUAAAUACCAUAAACUGCCCUUUCUCAUGGUUCCCUGAGUCCUACACCCUAAAGAAUGGAUUUAAAGAACCAGUGUGUCUGUGUGAGCAAGACAGUGAUUUGCAUCCAUCCUGUAAAGACACUGUGUGCCAUUCUUCUGUCAGAAACAAGGGUGGGUGUCUGUGGAGUCGCACUGGCGCUAUUUACCCCAACUCACAGACUUAUCUCUGUCCUGAGAAGACCAUGUAACUUACCAGCUGUCUGUACGGCUAAUCAUUGAUUCGAUCAUUAGGAUCCUAAGACUUGGCCCAGGAUCAAUGUUUCUCUCUGUCUGUCUGUCUGAGUUUUGAAAGGUACAGAGAGACAUUAAGGCAUCCCUAGUGUUGCAGCAUGCUGAUGUGGUAACCACAGUUUCCUCUGUAUCAACGGAAGACAGUAGCAGAUGCACACAAAAAAGCAGCAGUAAGAACUUGAGCCUCUACAUGCCAGCCAAAACUGCAAUGGGAGCUGUUCGCUGAAGUUGUGCUGGGGAACCGAAGACUCCAAGGGGCAGAACAACAAGAAAUCAAGGAGAGGAGCCCAGAGGAGUCAUCUCUUCUGGACCACAAAGCAGAGAAUCAUCAGGAGCAUCACUGAAAUAUCAAACAUUUUAAUGCAGGAUUUGUUUCUGUGAAAGAAACUAAUGAGAGGACUUUAAUUGUGCCACUCUUUUGUACACACUCAAAACUGCAGCAUUCAGACAAACUGUUUCCAGAGUGCCGUCUAAAAGAUAGUUGCUUGGAAUCUCUUAAAUAUCAAGUUCACUCUUCCGCUCUUUUUUUGGGAUUUGGCACUUGACAGGCGGUCAUUAACUUUGUUUACUCUCUGACAAUGGCCUUGCUCCCUACUCCAGCAAGUGAGCACAACAAGCAGAGGACAGGAGCAUGCUUCACUGUCCGCUCAGCUAACUCUCCCUCUUACAGUCUCACUCGCAGACCAGGUGUUAGGAAACCCAGAGUUUUUUCAGAGGAGGAGAGGGAGGGUACUGAGCAAGUCAGAGAAAGAGAGAGAUACAGGAUGCACACUGGCACAAAUGGUACAAACAAGGAGGAGGAUCGCACAGUCACCGGUUAUCAAGCCAGGACUGGGAGUCGCAGCAGUGUCAAAGGUCAGUGUGAGGAGAAGGACACAUCAGUCCAUGAAAUGUCUACCAAGCAGAACCAGAAUGGCACAGCAGACAAAACAACCACAGGGUUUGGCACUGAUGGAAGUAGAAACCCUGCAUCUGAAAGCCGGGGCAGGACAGAGUGGAGGAUAUACAACCUGUCAAGUAGAAGUAAGAGUUUAGAUUGGCGAACAGGGGAAAGAAGCCCUGAUCGAGGCAAAAGGGCUGACACAUUCUUGUUGUCAACCAAAAGAGGAGGGGACAUCAGUAAACAGGCUGGAGGCUUGGAUGAAAGACGGACAGGAGUUGAAGGAGCGAGGGGCAGGGUGAUGUCUUCAAUACAGGCCUAUUGUAACCCUGCAUGUACAAGUAAUGUUGUUCAAGAGAGGAACCAAGUGAGUCACAUGAGUCAGACUUUGGACAGGGCCAGUAGGGGUCAUUCUCUCCCCUCCAGGAUGAGGUCCCAGUCUGGACCUGGCUCUGGUGUCAGAGGGACAGCUACUUCGUUUGGGCCCAAAGGAGGUCAGAGUAUAAUGGAGCGGAUAGAGAAACUCUACGGGUCAGCUGGUCUUGGUAAAACAGAGGAUUGCAGCAAAAUUAGGGAUUUCUCUACCACAGACUUCCUCAUUUCGGCACAGCAGAGGUCAUAUGGCAGGGCAGCAGGGGGAACCUUCCCCAGGCGUUUCUCAUCAGGAGAGAAAAGCAGCCUUAGUCCAGUGCAAAGCAGGAAAUCAUUCACCUGGACACAAAAAGACACUUCAGGUUCUGAGACACUUUCUUCCGCGACAAGGAGGAACAGGGAGAGAUGGUCAGGGGGACAGUGCCAAGAACAGAUACAGGGCAGGUAUUCAGAGAAAGGGGGAGUUAGCUGGGGAAGAGGGUUAGAGGAAAUUGGCACAAGGUCUCUGGAUAGAGCGAGGAGCAGGUGCACUGUAGCAGCUCAGAAAAGAUCUGCAAGGGCUGCAGGAGGAAUUACUGUGCCUCCACAGUCAGACACUUUCUUAGAAGAAGAGAGAUCGGUUUCUUUGAAUGAUUUGUCUGGAUUGAGAGAGAGAAGAGCAAAUGGAAGUAAGGAUCAGGGCAGGGUGAACCAUGGAGAGGAAAAGGGCGAGACUAAUGGAAUAAAUGGAACAUUGAGAGAAAAAACUGGGAGGCUUAAAGAGCAGGAAAAAGAGGAAGAGAUAGAUGAUGGCGCAAAAGAAACAACUGAUUUGACGAGCGGCAUCAGUGAUGAAGAUGUGUUUGAGUCAACACAGAAAAUCACAAUGAAAACAAUAGAGAGGAAGAAAUGCCAAGAUAUAUUGUCAGCCCCCUCUGCAGCCAGUGUGAGAAAUAAGAUCAAUCAGUUUGAGGCUCUGACACAGAGAUCCCAGGGUUUGGCUACAGGACAGGUCCUGAUGCCCAGACGGGCAUUGUCUGUGCCAACGCAACACUGCAGGGCUCAUGAUGGAGUGAAAAAGAGUGGGUCAGCAAAAGCGAUAGGUGGAAUGAGAGACAAGUGGGAGGGAUUGAAAGAGGGAGAGGAUGCAGGUGAGAAAACUGAGGAGAAAGUGACAGGAGCAGGAAAGAAGCUGGUCUCAGAAAGGUCUUUAUCAGUGGACGAGGUAGGACUAAGAUUAGGGAGGAAAGAGAGAGAAGGGAAUAAUGAAGGAAAAGAAACAGAUGGUGGUAACAAAUGCGCUGAAGAUUUUGGUCAAUAUUCCAGACUUAAGACUACACUAGAAAUCCCACUAAAUGGAGGAGCUCAAAGACGCCGUACAAACUUUUACAUAGAUGAGAUAGAUUUCUCCAAAGUCUCAAGCCCUGAGGAGGCAAGGAAGAGACCACCGUCCUCACUACUGUCCAACUUCAGUGACACUUCUGCUGGUGUGCAGAAAACAACUGCCCCUAGGAUUACUUCACCUGUUAGUGAUGAAGACACAACUCCAACAAACACUCCAAACCACUCACCCUUUCUUUCACCUACUGCACAACCGGAAAACACCACUCCGUUUGCAGACAGUGAAAAUGAAAGCAUUUCUGUCCUCACACAAGCAGCCAAAACUCCCGAACCAGAUUCCCCAUCUCUCUCUCAUCCCCUCGCCACUUUGUCCCACAGCAACCUCCCCUAUCUCAUCUCUCCAGAUGUCAAAGCAGCCCAUCCAAAUACGGAGAAACAGGUGUUGGACCUGGAUGCUUGGUUAGCUGGCUUGAACACAAAGAUUAAGGUCUGGAAUGAAGAUGAAGAUGAUUAUGAGGAUGAUGAUGAUGAUGAAAGUACACAAAAGGAUGAGGAUUCAAACUAUGAUUCGGACUCUGGAGAGUCCUCGGUGACCAUUACUAGUAACAUGAGUCAGUCAGAUCGCAGGAGCUUCAGUGUCAGCCUGUCAGACCUGUGUAACUUUGCUGGAGUUGACUCUGAGUCAGAGAAUGACAGCGAUGAGAGGCAAUCUAGAGGCCGGAGGUCUGCCUCUCUGAGCUCAGACAUGUCGGCCCUGUCUUGUGUGUCUGUGAUGCCCAGUGAGGAGCUCGACAGGCUGCUGGAGGAUGUCCGGAACCUGGGGGACAGCAACCUGCAGGACUAUGACGAUGUGCAGGUGGUGGUUCUCCAUAAGGAGGUGGGAGUAGGACUGGGCUUCAGUGUGGCAGGAGGCGUGGACCAAAACAAGCCAAUCACUGUUCACAAAGUGUUUCACUCAGGUGUUGCAGCCCAGGAAGGCUCCAUAAGGGAAGGGUGCCAGGUCUUGUCAAUCAAUGGCACAGCACUGUGUGGCUACGCACACUGGGAGGCCCUGAGGGUCCUGAGAAGAGCAAAGACUCGGGAUUUAGGGGUGGUGGUCCUGAGGAGGGGAGGGAUUAGCACUGUCUGUAAAGGGGGAGCGCAGGCAAAUAAUCAGGGACCAAUGCAGACUCAGUUCACUGAGACAGGUCAGCGUGUGUGUGUGCGUCUGGAGAAGAACAGCAGGGAUCUGGGCUUCAGCCUGGAGGGAGGUGUAGACUCCUGUCCAGAGAACAGACCACUUACUGUGCAGAAGCUCUUCCAGGGAGGUCCUGUUGACAAGGUGUGUCCUGGUGAUGAGGUCGUAGAGAUUGAGGGUGUGAGCAUGGUGGGGAUGAGACGCCUGGAGGCCUGGACUUUGAUCAGAAAACUGCCCCCUGGGCCUGUGGACGUAGUGCUGCGUCGCCCUCUCAAACAUCUGGAAACAUGAGGAUUAUUGAGGUGCUUUGUGCACAGUAAAGAUCAGCGACUGAUGACAGACAAGAAACUAAAAGCCAUCCAUGAGAGACAGCAUUGCCUGUAGUGGCUUGAAUUAAGUGAGAUAUUUCGGCCUAAUGUCAUUAAAACAAUUAGUUUUUAUAGUCAUUAUAAAGAAGCCCUAAAGGAAAUAUAAUCUUGGAGACCAGGUCAAAAGUGUGUAUUUUCCUUCACUUUAUACAGGAUUACAUCUACCUCAAGGCCUGGGGUAUUUCUGUACCAGCCAUGAUUAAAGUGCACUGAUGGCUCAUACAUUUAUUAAGUCAACCAACCUUUGUAACAGAUAGUUUUGUCAUUUAAAAGCUAGUAAUGUGGGCCCUGUAAAAAUACAUUUGAAAAUACAUGUUGUAAUAUAUAUUGUGAAUAAUAGCUAACUGCAUAUAGAGUUUAUAUUGCUUUUAAUAAAUCCUAACUUAAAGUGA